AUGGACGGGCGUGUGGAAAGCUUGCCGGAGUCGAAGCUUGGCACGAAAGAGCAUUGGGAUCAGGUCUACGAGUUUGGCGAAGAUAGUGUUGAACGGAUGAUUCGCUAUCUUGUCGACAUGUUGCAAGAAAAAUCUGAUGAAGAAGCGAAGUAUAUUUUGGACGUAGGCACAGGAAAUGGCCACCUACUAUUUGCCCUGAUGGAUGCUCAGCUGGAUGAAGCAGAAAACAUGACGCCAGAUAUCAUUUUUCCAGCAAGACUGUGUGGUAUUGACUACUCAGCAGCAUCAAUUGAGUUAUCCAAGGCAAUUGGUUCUAAACGGGGGCAUGGAUGCGAACAGAUCUUGUUCCUUGAAUGUGAUUUGCGCAAUAUGCCCGAGAUGGACGAGCUCGCCGCGCGUCCAAGUCAUGGCAAAGGAUGGGACAUUGUGUGCGAUAAAGGAACAAUUGCACUAUCGUCCCAACUGGUGCACGGGAAACUUCCCGUGGACUUAUAUGUGGAAGCUGUGCAUCGUUUAACAAGGAAGGACGGCGGUAUCUUUUUCAUCACCAGUUGCAAUUUCACGCAGGAAGAAUUGGCCACCAAAUUUCAGCCAGCAGGAUUUUUGAUUGAGCAUGUUGUUCCAACGCCUUCUUUCACAUUUGUAUGUUUGUGCCUUUUCCACACACACACACAAACAUUUCCGCUGAUACAUGAACAGGGUGGACAGCAGGGAUCGACUGUGACGACUGUAGCGUUUCGGCGUGGAUAG